AUGCCAUCUAGAAGAAAUAAUAACAAUAGAGACAAUCCAUUGAUCAACCGAACUGUUUCAGAUGAUCAAAAAUGUAAAAGUCGAUGCUCAACUUGGCUUGUUGGUUUGGCGAUUCUUGUCGUGUGUGCGCCGAUUGAUUUUGUGAUUUCGGAAAUCGUGAUACAUUUUUUUGGAAAUCCUUUCGGAUUUCAGGAUAAUGUAGAAACUGUUGCUUCUGUAAUGCAGCAAGUAGUUAUUCCAAGCAAUGUUACUGACACCACAUUGAGUUCACACACUACAGCCCAACCAGACGAACCGCCUGCAGCUACAUGUGGAAAACGGAUUGUUGGUUACUAUACUGAAUGGGAACCUCGUAAAAUAACAGAUAAACAAUUGAGAAAACUGACACAUCUCAUUUUCACAAACGUUACGAUGAAUGCUGCAGGAGAAGUGAACUAUCACAGUAGUGAGCAGAGGAGAGACUUCUUGAAUAUGAAGAAAACAGCGAAAGGGAAGAAUUUGAAUAUGAAGGUGAUGUUUGCAAUUGGUGGGCAUUUGAAUUCCCAAUACUAUUCGGAAGUUGUUGCGGAUUUGGAGAAAAGGAAAACUUUCAUAAAUGGAAUAAUAUCUUUCAUCUCGAGAUAUCAACUGGAUGGCGUUGACUUAUUUUGGAACUGGCCAGAGGGAGAAGAAGAUAUAUCAAAUUAUACUGAACUCAUCAAGCAGCUCAGAACAAAACUAACAGAACUGUCAAAAUCUAAAUCUAGAAAAGAUCCUUUUCUGUUGAGUGUCGUCGUACCAAGCGGGCCGAAUAACUUUGAAAGUUAUUUCAAGAUCGAUGGAUUUUUGGAUUAUGUGGACUUCAUAAAUAUUGUUGCUUACGAUUAUUAUGGACCAUGGGGUGGUCGAAGAGGUGCAAUAGUCGGCCCAAACGCUCCAUUGUAUGGUGGACAACGAGGAAAUGUGGAUGAAACGAUGAGAUAUCUGAUAUGUAAAACCAAGAAACCUAAUAAGUUGAAUAUGGCAGUUUCAUUUUAUGGACGAUAUUGGAUGAACGUAAUUGAUGACUCGAAUGAAAUGUGGAAGACUGCGGAGUUGAAGAAUGGUGAAGCACGAGGAAUGUUUGUUCCGUGGAAAAAUUUGGGAAGAGAAGGUUGGAACAAGUCUGAAGCGAUGUGGCAUGAAGAAACAAGAAUCCCGUAUAUCUGGAAGCCGAAAGAGAGAAUGUUCUUCGUUUUUGAGAAUGAAAGAAGUCUGAAAGAGAAAAUGGAUUAUGCAGUUAAUAGCAACAUCGGAGGUGUUUACAUGUGGGCUCUUGGAGCUGAUGAUGAUGAAAAUACUCUUUUGAAUUUAGUGUCGUCGACCGAGUUAUGCGAAGGAGGAAGUGGAGACACAAUUAAUUUCAUUUGUGAUUUUUGA